CACACACGUACACAACCAACAACAACAGCAAUAAACUCACCAUUACAUUACCGCAUUCUCUCCGUAGAGCGAAAAUUAAAAAUAAAAAAGAAACAAAAAGAGAGAGAAACCAUUAUAUAACAAAAACCGAUUAUAUCUAAUAUCUUCUUCUUCUUCUUCUUCCCAACCGCUCUUUUCUUCUUCCUCUUCUCACAAACCCUAAUUUCAUUCGUCGUUCAUCGUUCAUCGCGAUGCUUUCUUCCUCGUAGUUUCUUUACUUUCCUUUCACAGUAACCAACUCUUCCAAUUUUUUCACCAUUACGCAUUUGUUCUUUUUUUUUGUUCUCUUACUGAUUCUUCCACGAUCGUUGCUUUCGUCGCGUUCUCUUUUGUUUCGUUCGUCAAUCGUUUCCCGAUCCUUCUCGUUUUGCAGCUAUACGUCUCGAUCUAGUCUGUUUUUGGGGUCUAUAAGGUGGGCUAUGAUUUGAAUGGGGAGAGGAUGCCAGAGUUGAGAAGUGGAGCUAGAAGGUCAAAGCGACUUGGAGAUCUUCAGCCUGGUCCUGUACCUGUUGACCAAGGAGAAAAUUGGGCACAGCCUGAACCGAACAGAGGUAGGAGGAGAGUUGGUGGUGGAAGAGGAAGAGGUGGUAAUGCUACAGGUUUAGGUAAAGGGUCUUCACCAGCUGUUCCCACUAGGCGACCUGCAGCUGGUAGAGGCCGCGGAGCAAGAUUGAUUGAUUUGGAUCCUGAACCUUGUGAGGUCCUUCCUGAACCUGUUGCAUUAAGGGCUCAGGAACCUGUUUACAAUCACUUAGAGGUGGUAGCUAAUAAUAACAUUGUAAUGGAGGGUGGAAGUGGUGAUAAAGUGGCAGCAGCCGCCGAAGAAGAGGCAACCACAACCCCUGUCCCCGAGAGGGUACAAGUUGGUAACUCUCCUGUAUAUAAGACAGAAAGGAAGUUGGGUAAGGGUGGUUUUGGCCAAGUGUAUGUUGGCAGAAGGGUUAGCGGUGGCUCUGAUCGAACAGGUCCUGAUGCUAUCGAGGUUGCACUCAAGUUUGAGCAUAGAAACAGUAAAGGCUGUAAUUAUGGGCCUCCUUAUGAGUGGCAAGUUUACAGUACUCUGAAUGGUUGUUAUGGCGUUCCCUGGGUUCAUUACAAGGGUCGACAAGGAGAUUUCUACAUUUUGGUGAUGGACAUACUUGGGCCCAGCCUUUGGGACGUAUGGAAUUCUCUUGGUCAAUCGAUGUCGCCAAGUAUGGCUGCUUGUAUUGCAGUUGAGGCAAUAUCAAUUCUUGAGAAGCUCCAUAUGAAAGGGUUUGUGCAUGGAGAUGUAAAACCGGAAAACUUUUUGCUUGGUCAACCUGGAACUGCUGAUGAUAAGAAGUUGUAUCUUAUUGAUCUUGGUUUAGCUUCGAAGUGGAAGGAUGCAUCAUCUGGUCAACACGUUGAAUAUGACCAGAGACCUGAUAUAUUCAGGGGAACAAUAAGGUAUGCUAGUGUACAUGCACAUUUAGGUAGGACUGGCAGUCGAAGGGAUGAUCUUGAGUCACUGGCAUACACCUUAAUAUUUCUCAUAAAAGGGAGAUUGCCGUGGCAGGGUUAUCAGGGUGACAAUAAAAGUUUUCUUGUUUGUAAGAAAAAAAUGUCCACUUCUGCUGAGUUGAUGUGCUGCUUUUGUCCCGCUCCAUUUAAGCUGUUCCUGGAAGCAGUUACGAACAUGAAAUUUGACGAGGAGCCAAAUUAUUCCAAGCUCAUAUCACUUUUUGACAGCUUGAUCGAACCAUGCACUCCAUUGAGACCUAUUAGAAUUGAUGGAGCUUUAAAGGUUGGUCAAAAGCGAGGAAGAAUGCUUAUAAAUCUGGAGGAAGAUGAGCAGCCUAAGAAAAAAGUGCGAUUGGGGAGUCCUGCUACUCAGUGGAUAUCAGUGUAUAAUGCACGCCGUCCCAUGAAGCAAAGAUAUCAUUAUAACGUAGCGGACAAUAGGCUCGGGCAGCAUGUAGACAAGGGUAUUGAGGAUGGGUUGUACAUAAGCUGUGUGGCCUCUUCAGCAAAUUUGUGGGCGUUAAUCAUGGAUGCGGGAACAGGUUUUUCUUCCCAAGUUUACGAGCUAUCACCUGUCUUCCUGCACAAGGAUUGGAUUAUGGAGCAAUGGGAAAAAAAUUACUAUAUCAGUUCAAUAGCUGGUGCAGUUAAUGGAAGUUCCUUGGUUGUCAUGUCCAAAGGAACUCCUUAUACACAGCAGUCCUACAAAGUGAGCGAUUCUUUUCCUUUCAAAUGGAUAAACAAGAAGUGGAAAGAAGGAUUCCAUGUUACCUCCAUGACUACUGCUGGCAGCCGCUGGGGUGUUGUAAUGUCCAGGAAUGCUGGGUAUUCUGAGCAGGUUGUGGAGCUUGACUUUUUGUAUCCAAGUGAAGGAAUUCAUCGACGAUGGGAGAAUAAUUUCCGGAUUACUUCUAUGGCUGCUACUAAUGAUCAGGCAGCCUUCAUACUGAGCAUACCAAAACGCAAAUUACUUGAUGAAACUCAAGAGACUCUGAGAACAUCUGCUUUUCCUAGCACCCAUGUAAAGGAAAAAUGGGCCAAGAAUCUCUAUAUUGCCUCAAUAUGUUAUGGGCGAACUGUUUGCUAGCUUCUGCAGUGAAUGAUUUGCUAUAUCCUUUUGGAAAGAUGGGAGGAUUUACGCUAUUAAAGUUGGGGAUGGGGUGGGUAGGUUUGAUUUUACCCCCAAACUCAGUCACUGCCCAAAAGUUUUCCCAUAUAAAAAAUUGCGUUAUAAUUGUAUAAAAAAGAAAAGGGUAAAUGAGAAACAGAAGCGAUCUAUGCCGUGAGAUCAUGUUCAAUGGGAGCAAUGAUUUGUUGAAUAGUAUAACAUGUUAAAGGGGCUGGCUAGUUUGGCCAUGUUUCAUGGUUGCGCGUUAAAAAAAUUAUUACGAUUUUGUUUGUAAUGACAUAAAUUUUUACCAA